GUCAGUACCCCUAAUUCUCUACUUGACAGUCCAUCUAUAAGAACCCCCAACCCUGCUCGCCUCCAAAACCCUAGAACGGCACUUCGCUCUUCAGGUGAGAUUUCAUUAGGGCGUAGGGUUGCUUCAGUUCGAGAUGGCUCCAGCUAAAGCUGAUCCAGCUAAGAAGUCAGACCCAAAGGCGCAGGCCUUGAAGACUGCUAAGGCUGUAAAAUCAGGUGGAACAACCUUUAAGAAGAAGUCUAAGAAGAUCCGCACUAAAGUUACUUUUCAUCGACCAAGGACAUUGAAGAAGGAUAGAAAUCCCAAGUACCCUCGGAUUAGUGCACCUCCUCGCAACAAGCUUGACCAUUACCAGAUUCUCAAGUAUCCUCUGACCACAGAAUCGGCGAUGAAGAAAAUUGAAGACAACAACACCCUAGUCUUCAUUGUUGACAUCCGUGCUGAUAAGAAGAAGAUCAAGGAUGCUGUCAAGAAAAUGUACGACAUUCAGACCAAGAAGGUUAACACUCUUAUCAGGCCUGAUGGCACCAAGAAGGCUUAUGUGAGAUUGACGCCUGAUUACGAUGCUCUGGAUGUUGCAAACAAAAUUGGGAUCAUCUAAUCGGCUGCCCUCCAGAUAUCUUUUGUGCUAUUUUUCUUGAAUGGACUGGUCACAUUUUAAGAUUUUGUAUACUCAGAUGAGUAACCAAUUUUUAUUACAAUUAGAUUCUUGAGUUCAAGAAGAGACGGUUAUUCUGGUAGUGUUGACCUCCAAUUAAAAUGUGUUGCCGUUAUCUAUUCUCUA